UCUUUUAUUUUUUUAUUGUUUUUCUCUCUCGCUCUCUCUCGAUCUCUUUCCCUUUCGCGUCUUUCUUCCUCUGCUCUCACCCAAAACUUCAAGCUUCCUCUCCUCUCACCCAAAACUUCGAGCUUCCUCUCUUCAAGUUUAUUUUUUCUUCUUGAAUAUUAGGCACAUGGAUCAAAAUGUUCCAGAUUCAUCUUCGGAUGCUGCAAAUGAGGAAUUUUGGGAUCUUGCCAAUUCAUCAUCAGACGAAGAAUUGAUGAAUCUGCAGAUUACUGCUCUACAAGAGAUGGGAAGAAGAAGACGCCGGCAAGAGAUGCGAAUUCAAUUAUGGAUAUUACGGUUUUAGUUGAAAAGGUUGAUGAAAGUGUCAAGGUUACAGUUAUUGAGGAAGACGACGAGUACUGGUUGCUUCCUCCCUCCAAAGUUACUAACAAGUUGGGUGAUGAUUCCAUCUUAAAGGCCUUAAGGCCUGUAACAGCCAUGCCAUUACAUAUGUUCCACAUUAUAACACCCUUGGAGCUAAGGAUGAAGCCGUGUUAUGUAGUUUUUGUGGGUCUCUCAGCUGGUACUAAAGCUUGUAUGUACAAAGUUUUUCAAGUAAGUGUUGUGCGUAAUAUAGAUACUAAUGUAAUUGGUAUGCUUUCUUUUGCACUCCCAGCUAACACUUCAAUGUUGUGUUCUUGUUGAUGAUGGUUGUCAUGAGUUGUUUUGGGAAAUUAAUGUUUAUUAUGAUUACACUAGUGUGAUAUAGAUUAACUAUUUCAAUCUAUUCAUCUUGCCCCACAAUUACAAAUGAGUGCUUGGCAUGAACAAAUCUCAUAUUAUUGCCAUAGUUAGGAUGCAGUCAACUAGAUAUUGUUUUCUUGUUUCUGGUUUUUGCGUUGUUCCUAUGGUAGAUUGAGUUGCUGGUUUUGUAAGUAGACGUAUAGGUCCAUACAACUACAUGGUCUUUAAUUGUUGGUUGGCAGAUUAGACUGUCAACUACAUGGUCUUUAAUUGUUUCUAUUACCUAACAUGUGAUUGGAAAUAAUGAUGAGUUAAUGUGCAGACUGAUGUCUUAAAUUGAUGGGGUACAAAAGGUGCAGAUUGAUUCUUUUCUAGCUCUGUUGUGCAGGCUGUAAGUGUUUUGCUCAGUUCGAUGGUUUUUGCUCAGCAGUAAACGUGCAGAGUAGACAAUCAGUUUAUUAUCUGCAAUGCCUACAAGGUUUGUGCAUUUUGCCCCGUUUCAUAACUCUCUAUGGAUACAUCUACUAUGAAUCCUGAGCAGAGGGCAUGUUAUUCCAAACUUCAGAUGAAAAUUCUCCAAUGUGAUAUAUGAAGUGUGAGGUUGUUGGUUUCCAUUUUAGUUUGUAUUAGUUUGAGGUUUUGUCCAGUGAUCAUGUAUUUGACUGCUUGCAAACCCUUUAAGAAUGACUAUGUUUCCUGCUAUUUGACUGCUAGAACUGUGCAUUUUCUGUUUCUGUUUUCAAUCCAUUUCAGUUUGUAUCAGUUUGUUGGUUUCCAGUGAUGUUGUAUUUGACUGCUAUCAAAUUCAAGCUGAUUCUAUUUCC